UAUUAACCCUAUGGGCUACUUUGACUAGAAACAGCAUUCAAAACAACAAGUGAUAAAUAAGUGGAUGGCAAGUUUUUAAGCUAAAGCAGUGUGUUUCUAGUUAGACCUCUUAUUUCGGCGCGUGUUGAGUUUGAUUAGUGGCAGCUUGGAUCAACAAGAGAUACCUUCCAGCAAUAACACAUUGCAUUCCAGGAUGCCUAAUAUAAAAGUGUUUUCCGGCACUUCUCAUCCAGAUUUAGCCCAAAGAAUAGUUGAUCGUUUGGGCAUAGAUUUGGGGAAGGUAGUGACCAAGAAAUUCAGUAAUUUGGAGACGUGCGUUGAGAUCGGCGAGUCUGUUCGAGGCGAAGAUGUAUACAUUGUGCAGUCUGGCUCUGGAGAAAUUAACGACAACUUGAUGGAACUUUUAAUAAUGAUUAACGCAUGUAAAAUCGCAUCAGCUUCAAGAGUGACUGCAGUUAUUCCAUGCUUUCCAUACGCCCGCCAAGAUAAGAAAGAUAAGAGUCGUGCCCCCAUAUCUGCUAAAUUAGUCGCUAAUAUGUUGUCUGUAGCUGGAGCUGACCAUAUUAUAACAAUGGAUUUACAUGCUUCUCAAAUACAAGGUUUCUUUGAUAUUCCUGUGGACAACCUUUAUGCUGAACCGGCUGUUUUAAAGUGGAUUAAGGAAAAUAUACCAGAGUGGAAAAACUCCAUUAUUGUUUCACCAGAUGCCGGUGGAGCAAAACGGUAAGUUUUUUUCUAGAUUGUCAGUAAACAUUGUGG